ACACCCUGCAUCUGUCUUGUCUCUGGAUGUCUGCGUGCAUUUGUCAUUUGGUCCACACUCUUGUCUCCUUUCCACCGCGGACUACUCCCGGGACGUCUCUCCCUCCCUUUGUUCCCUAGUCAGAUGUUCUCUUAGUCAACAGACCUCCGGAGCUGGGCGCCAACCUGCGCCAGCCGCUCCUCCUCGCUCAGCCCCCACCAGGUUUCCGGAAAGCGGGCGGGUCCCCCCGGCUCUGCCGUCAGCACCCCUGUCUUCGGCCUGCGCCCCCUCCCCGCUGACCUCACAGGCGCCGCGUCUCCAGCUCAUAUAAGCCUCGGCCCCUCCUCGGAGGAGCGCGCAGUCGACCCUGGAUUCGGGAGUAUUGCAAACUCUACCCAGCCAGUUUGCACUCUUCAGCUCAGCAUCUUGGAAAGCUCUGCAGAGUCUCCACUUCGCAGACUCCAGGAUGCCGGGACCUUGGUUGCUGCUGGCUCUGGCUUUGAUCUUCACCCUAACUGGUAUCCCUGAAUCCUGCGGCGCCUUGCCGGAGGCAGCCCAGGAGGAAGGUGCAGUGACUCCUGACCUUCCUGGCCUGGAGAAUGUUCAGGUCCGGCCAGAACGUCGAUUCUUGUGGAAAGAUCUCCAGCGGGUGAGAGGGGACCUCGGUGCUGCCUUAGACUCCUGGAUCACAAAACGCCAGCAUCCAGGCAAAAGGGAGGAGGAGGAAAAAGACAUUGAAGCUGAAGAGAGGGGAGACUUGGGAGAAGGGGGAGCCUGGAGACUCCACAAACGACAGCACCCCGGCCGACGUGCCAACCAGGACAAGUAUUCAUGGGCAGAUGAGGAGGACAGUGACUGGAUGCCACCGUCCUGGUUACCAGAUUUCUUUCUGGAUUCCUGGUUCUCAGAUGUCCCCCAAGUCAAGUGGCAGCACCCUGGCAGGCGAUCCUUCCCCUGGAUGGAGUCUGAUGUCACCAAGAGGCAACAUCCAGGCCGGAGGUUCAUAGAUCCCGAGCUCCGAAGAAGCUGGGAAGAAAAAGAGGGAGAGGGUGUCUUAAUGCCUGAGAAACGCCAGCAUCCUGGCAAAAGGGCAUUGGGUCAUCCCUGUGGGCCCCAGGGGACUUGUGGUCAAACAGGCCUGCUCCAGCUUCUAGGUGACCUGAGCAGGGGCCAGGAGACCCUGGUGAAGCAAAGCCCACAACUAGAAGCCUGGGACAAGGAACCUCUGGAGGAGUAAGGCCAGACUUAGGCUUUAGGUCUAGGAUGAUGUAAGCCCUGUAUUCCCUAUCCUGUUCCCUUCACUAGCUGUCCUCUCUUAGAUGCUAACCCUGGGCCCUCUGUACAUAGCAUCCACCCAAACCCCUUCCUUACCGACUUCAGAGACUUUAGAAAGCCAGUCAGGAAGUUAAAACCCUACUUAUCCCUUCAAGCAAGGGGGUGGGGAGUCGCACCCCUUCAGCACUGGCCAAGAUGGAUCUUUCACACCUUCUAAGGGACCUCCUCAGAAAGGAAGGGUAGGAAUGAAAUGUUUUGGUGUUAAAACUUCUGUAAUCUGCCCCAUGUGACAAGACUGACCUGGUAUAACUUCAGCGCAUCCUCCAAGGUUGGGGUCCCUGAGCAGUUUGGGAGAUGUUUAGAUAUGUCCUUGGGGUGGGGGGUCGCAUCUUGUAUAUAACCCUGCUCUUGUUAAUCUCAGUGACAAUAAAAUAUAUCCAGGUCAUCUGUU